AUGCGAGAAUCGAUCAAACCAAGUGAAAGAUUAUGUGUUACUAUGAGAUACUUAGUUACUGGAGAUGCACAAGUGACAAUUGCCUCAAACUUUCGAAUGAGCCCAACUGUUGUAGGAAGGAUUAUCCCCGAAACAUGUAGGGCCAUAUGGGAUGCUCUGUCUGACAAAAACUAUCUUAAACCUCCAAACUCCCCAGAAGAAUGGCAACAUGUAGCUCAGGAAUUUUAUAAAAAAUGGAACUUUCCAAAUUGCUUAGGGGCAAUCGAUGGAAAGCAUGUUGUGAUGCAGGCCCCAGCAAGAUCAGGUUCAGCAUUCUUUAAUUAUAAAAAGCAACACAGUAUUGUGCUUAUGGCAGUGUGCAGUGCACUUUAUAAAUUUCUAAUGGUAGAUAUUGGAGAUACAGGAAGACAAAGUGAUGGUAGUGUGUAUGGGAACAACAAUCUUGGCUAUAGCAUUGAGAAUAAUCUACUUAAUAUUCCAAAAGCAUCAAAACUACCACAGUCAAAUCGUGUGUUGCCUUUUACUUUCAUAGGUGAUGAUGCUUUUGGGCUGAAACCUCACAUGAUGAAACCGUACCCACUUCAAAACUUGGCAAAAGAAAAGCGAGUAUGCAAAUGA